AUGCAAUUCUUCCACCUCUUCCUCCUCCUCGUGGCUGCGCUUUUCGCCAGCCACGCUGGUGCAGCACAUGUGCUGGACCCACGCGCCCUCAUCGCCAGGGCAUAUCUGGGCAUCUCGGUCGUGGUCUUCCCGCCAGAAGCCGCACCGGGACCUCGCCCAACUCCUCACCGCACCAUUUUCUUCGCCUCUCCGACCAUUCCCGCUUUCCCGGACCAGGGCCCAACCCCUGAGUCCACCAUGUCUACCGCCGGGGGCUCCGGAUCUGAAGCCCCAAGUUUCUCCGUUCUCGAGAACCUUGCCCUUGUCAAGGAACUCCUUGUGACCCGGGUGUUCGCUUCGGCGAACUAUGUCAUCUCGCAACUCCGUCUCGUUGUUGGGCACAAGGGGUUCAGGGUGAACGAUCCGGUGGCUUUCCUGCGCGCCAAGGCGACUCCUCUCGUCGCAACGGUCCGCAAUUCGUUGGUUUCUGGCGCCGAAAGCGUCAUCGGUGUGUGGUUGGGGUUCCUCAACAGCCUCUCCGCCGCCUUUGGCGCGUUCUCCUCCUUGGUCUCUCUGGUCAUCAGCCAGUCUUGCUCCGCUGUAGCAAGUGCUGGUCGCUCGAUCGCCUCAAUCCCGCAGUCCUUAUUCCAGGGCUUCCGAUACCUCCUCAAGCUCAGCAUCUUGGUCAUCCUGAUCGUGAUGCUGAUGUGGGUUGUCCUGCCUGUUGUCUGGGAGUUUACUCCGCGCGCGCAGGCCUGGGUUGCGGGAUGGUUUGGGGUUCCACGAAUCGACUGUCGCGAGGCAUUGCUCCUCGCGCAGGCCGAACUCGGGCGCAUGGCGAGAGACCAUGCUCACUACCACGCAAGGAUCGAUGACUUGCACGUGAGACUGGAGAAAUCGGGCUCGGCCAACGCGGCCAAACAGAGCAGGAUCGAAUUCCUGGAGCACUGCGGCAUCCUCCGGGAGGACCGCCAAAACGCCGACCAGAUCGCCCUCGACAUCCUCCGCCGCAAGGCUAUCGCUGCCGGUUUCGCUGCCUCGCGAGGCCCCGCCGACGAGCUGGCAGCGCUCCGCAAAGCCCUCGCAAAGCAGGGCACCACCAGCGACGAGAUUCUCGCCAACUCUCGCGCUGCCGCUGCCGAGAAGGCCAGCCUCGAAGCCCAGAUCGCCGGGCUCAAGCAGGAACGGGUCGUUGCCGCACAGGCAGCCCAAGUACAGCUUGGGCAAGCAAACGCCAGGAUCCUGGCGUUGGAGCAGGAAGGGGUCGUUGCCGCACAGGCAGCCCCGGUACUGCUCCAGCAGGCGAUGGACAAGAUCGCCGCGUUGGAGGCGGACAAGGUCGACGCCGAAAAGGCAGCCUUGGAUCGCGCUCGCCGGGCAAGGGCCCAGGUCGCCGCGCUGAAGUUGGAGAAGGUCGUUGCCGAACAGGCAGCCUUCCUCCGGCUCCAGCGACUCACCUCGAGCAAGCGGAGUGCCUCCGAGAAGGCACAGAAGCUUGAGGUGGAGAAGACGGCGGCCGAGGACGCGCAGCGCGUCGCCGAAGCCAAGGUGGGUGCUCUCGAGCACUCACUCGAGGCAGACAAGCUUGCGGCGUUCAACGCCCUGAAUGCCCAGUUCGCGGAGGAGGUGGCCAAGGCGGCCAAGGGCAUGGCAGGCCCAGCAGUGGAGGUGGAGAGCAUCAAGGCAGAUGCUCUGAAGGAGAUUGCCCGCAUCGAGGGCGAAUGCAAGGCCACGGUCAAGGCCGUGGAGGACUCAGCGGCGGCCAAAGUCAAGGUCGACCGCAAGGCUCGCGCCGAGCUCCAAGAGCGCCUCGAUGACGUGCAAGAGAGGCUUGAUGACACCCUGGAGGUGGUGGAUGGGAACAAGCGGCAGUUGAAGAAGGCGGGCGCCGCAGUGGAUAGGCUUCGUGCUGAGCUCCAAAAGCUGAAGCCGGCGCCCGCACCAGUUGGACAGGGUGCCUUUUCUGGCGCCCUUCGAGACAUCAUCAGUGGUCCGAAAGGACCUCAAUAGUCCGACUGAAUCUCUGCCGCCCCUACACCGCCCUCAACCGACGACGGAAUAUUGGAAAGAGGUGCUGGGGAUACCGUCGUUGAACGCUU